ACUGGUCGGAGAGGCAGGAAAGUGUCAUUUGCUCUGUCGUUAGUUUGCCGAGCGUCUGGAGAGAUUUAUUUACAUGCUGUAAAUGUAAGGUUUGGUUUUUACAAUUCCGCCGUAGCCCCAUAUUGGUCUACAAAACAGCUAUGGGCGAUAAAGUCCUGGAAAUCAGUUUACGUUAGUAAGCUGGAUAUCUUUCAGUCAGUUAGCUACAAUUGUUAGAAGUUGGCUAGUUCAGAGCUAGCUUACUACGUAGCUGACGUUAGUACAGUGAGGAUAGGCUGCUGUUUACUGUGAGCGUCUGAUCCACAUCUACAAAAACAUCACGUCUGCCGAGCUGCUGCAACCGUGUUGAGUGCCCCUGGUUUUGGACGCGAGGAGCCGUUUUCAGAUACCCUACCAUGGAUCCAUUUGAUAGUAACAGUACAGAUCGAGCCAACCUGCCGCGGAACAUGAUAGAGAACAGCAUGUUUGAAGAAGAGCCUGAUGUCGUGGAUUUGGCCAAAGACUCCACAGCAUUUCCGUCGUUUCCGGCCCUUGACCCAGAUGAAGUGGUGUACGAGCCUCGCAGCUCACGGUUGCUGGUGCGUGGCCUGGGAGAAAAUGACAUGGACGAGGAUGAGGAAGACUGCGAGUCUUCAGCCCGUCUGCUGGGCAUGUCCUUCAUGAACCGCAGCUCUGCUCACAGAUCCAGCUCUUCCCCUUACACCAGACAGGCUCCACCCAGGUCAUGUUCACGGCCCUCAGCUCGCACCAUGGUCGUCUGUGUGUUAUUCCUGGUGAUAGUGGCCUCCAUGACCAUGGUGCUGUACUUCUUACCAGGGUGCACCUUUACCAAGACGGGUUGUCGUAAGGUGAACAAAACCACUCCCUUUGAGCCGGUCUACCCUAUAUCCACCAAUGGUGAACCGUUCCCUUGGGCACAAUUCCGACUGCCUCAAAGCAUACAUCCUCUCAGCUAUGACCUCACCCUGAACCCUGACCUCAACAGCAUGACCUUCACCGGCAAAACUGUUAUCAACAUGAUUGUGCUUCACAACACCAAGCGCAUCGUCCUGCACAGUGCUAAUCUCAACAUUACCAAAGCUACCUUUAAGCUGGGUGAUGGGAAGGCCAGUGAAGUAACUGUACUUGAGUACAAACCCAGACAGCAGAUAGCUGUUAAGUUCUCUGAAGACCUGAAGGCAGGCCAGCACUGUGUUUUGACCCUGGAUUACUUUGCCAACCUGUCACACACCUAUGAUGGUUUCUACAACAGUUCAUACACUGAUAAGGAUGGAAACAAAAGGGUGCUCGCAGCAACCCAGUUUGAGCCGCUAUCAGCCAGGAAGGCCUUCCCUUGCUUUGAUGAGCCAGCUUUCAAAGCCACCUUUCUGAUUAAAAUCAGCAGAAAACCAAGCUACAUGACCCUCUCCAACAUGCCUAAGGCUAGCACCACAACACUUCCAAACGGCCUCCUGGAAGAUAAGUUUGAAAAGACCAGCGUCAACAUGAGCACUUACCUGGUGGCCUUCAUCGUCGCUAACUUUACUCCUAUUGAAAAGAAUGUCUCAGAAAUUCUGGUGUCUGUGUACUCUGUACCAGAGAAGAAGGAGCACACUGACUAUGCUCUGGAAACAGCCUCCAAAUUGCUGGAGUUUUACAAUAAGUUCUUUGAAAUUGUAUACCCCCUCAAAAAACUAGACUUGGUAGCCAUCCCGGACUUCCUGGCAGGAGCCAUGGAGAACUGGGGUCUGAUUACCUUCAGAGAGACAAGCCUGCUUGUGGGGAAACAGUCGUCUCCUCUGGAAAAACAAGUAGUUGCCUCUGUAAUAGCGCACGAGCUCGCUCAUCAGUGGUUUGGGAACUUGGUGACCAUGAGCUGGUGGAAUGACCUGUGGCUCAACGAAGGCUUUGCCACUUACAUGCAGUACAUGUCACUGCAGACAGUGUUGCCUCAGCUGGACAUUGGUAAUUUGUUUCUGGCGGUGCGGUUCAGAGCCUUGGACAAAGACGCACUAAACUCUUCCCACGCGGUGUCGACAGAGGUUAACACACCGGAGCAGGUGGAAGAGAUGUUUGACUCUGUCUCCUAUGAGAAGGGUGCAUCCAUUCUUCUGAUGCUGAAUGCCUCCCUGCCAGGGGAUCAACAGUUCAGAAAGGGAAUCAUUGAAUACCUAAAACAGUUCAACGGAUCAAACACAGACACUGACGACCUCUGGAACAGCCUCACACAGGUUGAGGUCUCUGCUCAGCAUCAAAAUGUGUCAGAGAUGAUGAGCUCAUGGACAUCACAGAAAGGCUUCCCAUUGGUAACUGUAAGCCGCAAGGGAGAUCAGGUGACCCUCACACAGGAGCACUUCCUGCUCACAUCUGACAAUGCCACGCACACUUCCAGCUUGUGGAAUAUCCCAGUGACAUACGUAAACGACAGCUGCAGUUUGGCCCCUGAAUGCAGACAGGUGUUCACUCUGAGGACCAAGUCAGGGACUCUUAAGGUGCCAGAAAGUGUAAAGUGGCUGAAACUAAACUACAAAAACACCGGCUUCUACAUUGUCCACUAUGGAAAUGAUGGUUGGACUGCGCUCAUAGAAGCCUUGUCUAAAAAUGUCAAUGUUCUUACAAGUGAGGACCGUGCCUCACUUAUACACAACAUCUUUGCUCUCUCCAGACUGGGACGUGUGUCCUUCCGUCUUGUCCUCAACCUUUUGAACUACAUGUCCAAUGAAACUGAGACCUCUCCUGUGACAGAGGCCUUGUUACAGCUCAACAGAAUCUGCCAGCUGCUCGACAAAAGACAGGAGCAAGAUCUCGUUUCCCGCAUGAAGGCAUACAUUCAACAUCAUUUUGAGUCUCUGAUGCAAAACCAAACAUGGGGGGAGGAGGAGAGUGUGUCUAAACAGGAGCUACGCUCAGCUGUUCUGGAGACAGCCUGUGGUCUGAAUAACGAAAGUUGCAUUGAGCGGGCCAAAGCCCUGUUUAAGCAGUAUGUCAAUUCCAGUGGGACUGUUCGGAUCCCAGGCGACCUGCAGAAAGUUGUCUUCACUGUGGCUGCUCAAUCAAACGAGGAUUGGUCAACCCUGCUCACCAUGUACGGAAAUGUCACCUAUGAUGCAGAGAAGCGAAAAAUGCUACAGGGCCUAGCAUCCACUCAGCAUGCCAGGAGUAUCGUAUGGAUUCUGAAGGCUGGUCUGAAGGGGGACAUCAUCCCGACACAGGAGUUGCCUUUGGUCAUCGACAGUGUGUGUGAUGGCUUCGCUGGCUACUUGAUUGCCUGGGACUUUAUACAAAAUAACUGGGACCAGCUCAUAGAGAAGUUCCCUGUGGGCUCCUUUGCCAUCCAGAGAAUCAUUAAGUCUGUCACCUCCCAGUUCUCCACACAGGCACACCUUGAUCAAGUGCAUGGUUUCUUCUCCAGUUUGAAGGAGCGUGGCUCUCAGAUGCGAAGCGUGCAGGAAGCUUUGGAAACCAUCAAGCUGAACCAGCGCUGGAUGGAGAGGAACCUUCCAACACUUCGAAAAUGGCUCUAAUACAGGCACCCCAUCCAGUCUCUGCCCCACUAACAGUUCGCCUGGCAACUGGGGCAUGUCGUCAAGACAACAGCAAUGUUUGCACUAUUGUAGGACUGCGUCUCCUAACUCCCUUUAUCCAGGCCAGAGUACUUAUCAAAGCCAGAGGUUGUGCUCUACCUGGGUGGACAGGGUGUUUGAUUUUCUGAGAUUGGUCCUGUGAGAUGUAGUUGCUAGCUCAGGGUGGCUCUGAUUGUGCAUCUGGCAGAGUGAUGUCAGAUGCAGACUCACACUCCUCACACUUUAUGCUGUAGACCAAACCUCUCCUCUGCAGGUCUCAUCCAAACCUCAUGCCUGGGCAGACAAUCAUGCUUUCAGAGAGCAGCGCUUCACCCACACUCCCCUCGCUCAGCCUGCUCUCAGGCACUUAACUGUGCGAGCUAUUUAAUGGCCACUUCUAAAAGUAUGAAGAAUGUCAUAAUUACAGUAUGUGCUGUCGGUAAGUCGUGGACUUUUUCUCUACCGUGGGACGUUGAUGCAGCUGUCAGAGAUUUCUCAGCGAUGAGAAAUUGAAUUUACCGGUACUUGAGAUGGAAUUACUGUUAGAAUUAAACUAACCUUGCAUCGCUGUGUUACGCAAAAUCUGUAUAGAAAUAAUAACAGCCUGUCAUUCUGUACUUAUUCAUGCAACCUGAAGCAUUUACUAUGUUAGUAAUGGUUUGACUGAAAAAGGGAUUGGUUGAUUGAUAGCUUAAAUACCAAACUUGUAUUGGCAUCAGUUGAAUGUACUGAAAAACCUUCCCACUGUGUACAGUAGAUGGCGUACUGCACAGCAAUGCAGGUUUAAAUCAACAACCAAUGUGUCUUAGAUGAGAGCAGACAGUGAACACUGGAGCCAAAUGUUCAUUUCUUUCUUUCUCGCUUUUAUUUCUCUACCAGUCAGAAGAUCAAGUUUUAUUAUGAUUGCUUUUUGCCUGCAGCGCAGCCACUGUACAGACUCAUUCUUAAACUCAGUGUGCUUGCAACCUUGUAGUUAUUAUGUAAAUAUGCUCAACCCUGCUACACUUUACUCCUGCUGUUUUGGAUGUACUGUUUUAAACAUUUUGACUUUUAACAUUUUAAGAUUUGCUUUAUGUUGUGUGUAUAUAGAGUGUAAAGAGGAAAUGUAUCCAUAGAACUGGUCAAGAUUCUUGGUCAAAUACUUGUUACUGUAUUCUUGAUUUACACCACCGCAGGGAGGUCAUUUGCUGAUAUAUGUUUGUGUUUUUAAGGGCUAAUGUGCAUAUUGAAGAUACAAAGUGUAUAGAGGAACAUCUAUAUUGGACAUGACGAAUCUGUCCAGUAAGCGGUUCCUCAUCAGCCAAAUUAAAAAAAAAACCCCAGAAGGUUUAAAGUUACUCCAAUGUUAACCAGCUGUGAUGCUCCUGAGAGUGAAGAGUAGCUUAGUAUUUAUUGAGAGGGUGUCUUUACAUGUUUCCCCAACUUUUGUUCCAAAAUGUAUUUAAUUACAAUUGUACACUCAUCCUGAGUUGCUGUCGUUGAGGCGGUACUGCUUACUUAUUCACUCCAUCACUGUCAUGGUGUUCAGGAUAAUUGAUCUCCAAUAGAUCUGCUCAUAUUGCUUUCUUAGACCAUCCCAGUUAUAUGUGUCAAGCUUGUCUCUGUGUUUUUGUCAUGUUAUCUUUGUCUCAUUUAUUAUAUAAAACUUUGUCGGCAGGAUUUACAAGUUCAUAUAAAAAUACCAAAUGAGUGUCAUAAAGGAGGUGACACUUGCUCAAGUUCAAUCAGUGGUAGUGGUACCUCCAGUUUGGUCAUGUCGGCAUUCCAAACUGGUGAAAAGAGAAAAAAUUAGUGAUGGUCAGACUGUACAUUUAGUAUUUUAUUGCAGUUAAGCUCUGUCUGGAGGUUGUCAGCAGUAUUGUCAUUGACUCAUUCCAUCUGAUCCAUCAUACUUUCACAAACGCUGAUAAUGUCUUUAGCUAGCAUUUAAUAUGCCUUUAAAUACACAUCUUUACAGUUUACCUUUCAGUCCUGGCUAAUUGUGAAUUAUUGUCUUUUAUUGUGGGAAAGUAUUGGUCAGUCUUGGACAUUUUCCAGCACUCACCAAUCAGUUCAGAUAAUCAGCUUAAUUGAGGCUCUGGGAUAUUGAUUUCCCAUCAUCUCUUGGUUCGAAAUCGAUUGGACCACGUGAAGUCAGUUGCAAUAAGCUUUUCAGAGACAGGUGAUGUCAUUCAGGUACAAUGUCGGUGGCUUGAUGAGAGGAUUGUAGUACCAUGUGUGCAGUAGACCCAAUCAGAUUGUUUUUUUUUUUGUUUUUGCACUGUGAUUAAAAUGCUGCAGAUGCUUUUUAAACUGUGUUGCUCUUCAUGUGAACAAAUUAUAAAUAAAAGUUGUUUUCUGAA